CUCACCCUCUCAACCCUUACCACUACCAUGGGCCUAGAAACCCAACCCAAAAACCCAAACUCACCAUCAUCCACCACCACCACCACCACCACCAAAAAACUCACUCUCAUCCCACUCAUCUUCCUGAUCUACUUCGAAGUAGCCGGCGGCCCGUACGGCGAAGAACCCGCCGUGCAGGCCGCCGGCCCACUCCUCGCCAUCCUCGGCUUCCUCAUCUUCCCCUUCAUAUGGAGCAUCCCGGAGGCUCUCGUCACCGCCGAACUCUCCACCACCUUUCCGGGCAACGGUGGGUUUGUCAUAUGGGCCCAUAAAGCCUUCGGCCCAUUUUGCGGGUCGUUAAUGGGCUGCUGGAAGUUUCUCACAGGAGUUGUUAACACUGCAGCAUUUCCCAUUCUUUGUGUUGAUUAUAUGAAGAAGUUGUUUCCGGUUUUCGCCUCCGGGUUGCCGAGAACUUUGGCCAUCUUGUUGUCUACUGUGAUCCUGUCGUUUGUUAACUACACUGGUUUGAAUAUUGUUGGGCUUGCGGCUAUUGGGCUUGGUGUUGUUUCUCUUUUUCCUUUUGUUAUCAUGUCCAUCAUGGCUGUCCCUCAAAUCCGGCCACAUAGGUGGAUCAGUUUGGGCCAAAAGGGUGUAAAAAAAGACUGGAGUUUAUUCUUCAACUGCCUAUUUUGGAACUUAAAUUUCUGGGACACAGUUAGUACAAUGGCAGGAGAAGUCGAAAACCCGAAAAAGACAUUCCCGGCAGCACUCUUCUCCGCGGUGAUCUUAACAUGUUUAGCUUACAUAAUCCCUCUAAUGGCGGUCACAGGCGCAGUUUCAGUGGAUCAACACGAGUGGGAAUCCGGGUUCAUGGCUGUGGCAGCACAAAUGAUAUCAGGCAAAUGGUUAAAAAUCUGGAUCGAAAUCGGAGCAGUGUUAUCGGGCAUAGGUUUAUUCGAAGCCCAGUUAAGUAGCUGCGCGUAUCAAGUUCUUGGUAUGGCAGAUCUCGGGGUCAUACCAAAGUUCUUCGGGGUGAGAUCGAAAUGGUUCGGUACUCCAUGGGUGGGGAUAUUGAUAUCAACUUUGAUCACACUUAGUGUUUCCCAAAUGGAUUUUACCAAUAUAGUGGCUUCUGCCAACUUUAUAUAUAGUUUGGGGAUGUUGCUGGAGUUUGCGUCGUUCAUAUGGCUGCGAAGGAAGUUUCCAACGUUGAAACGGCCGUAUAAGGUGCCAAUGCGGGUACCCGGGCUAGUAGUGAUGUGUUUGAUACCGUCGGCGUUUUUGAUGGUGAUAGUGGUGGUUGCUACCAAGAUUGUGUUUUUGGUUAGUGGGUUGAUGACUUUGGGUGCUAUUUUGUGGUAUUUCUUGAUGAAUUAUUGCAAGUCUAAGAAGUGGUUUGUGUUUGCAAAUGGGGAUGAAAUUGAAGAGAUUUUAUCUUGAUGUUUUUAAUGUUUUGUUAUGUAUAAACUGGUUAAUGAUAUUGCUAUACUAGA